ACUAAUACUUAGACAUUUAGUUCGUGUACUCAAGACUUCGUUAUAAUCGUGUGAGCUGAACUGUGACCGUCAACAAGCCUGUUCAUGGACUCUUUAUUAGAUCUGAGCGCAGUGUGUGUGGCUCAGUAUGCAGACCUCUAUAUUGAGUGCAUUAGGACUUUACCAUUCAGCGUCAAGGACAAACUGCUACGAAUAAUGACUACUAAAGGCACUCUGACUGAUUCCAACAUAAGUCAGCUCCUGCAUGCAGGAAUUCGCACCCUUGGCCUGCAGAACUGCAAGGUUUCAGACUCAGCACUCCGACAAAUCCACUGUCAGCAACUUAAGACUAUAAUACUAAUAGGCUGUGCGCACAUCACAUCAGAAGGUCUGAAUGCCUUGGCCUCGCAAUGUAUGGGUCUUCAGGUGGUUGACCUGACUGGGUGUGCGGCUGUAACUGACUCAGGUGUACGAGCGUUGGCACGGAGCUGUAAGUGGCUAGAGGUUAUCUCCCUCAGUGAAUGCACUGCAAUCAGUGAUGUGGCCCUGAUCGAACUAGGGGCUAACUGCAGAUGCCUGUACAGCAUCGAUUUUGGUGGGACAGAGGUCACUGACAAAGGUGUUAUUGGUCUUGCAAGUGGAGUGUGCUGCCAGAGCUUGAAGGAGCUACAGAUGGUACGGUGCCGUAACUUAACAGACCAGGCUGUGGCUGCUGUUCUUUCAAACUGUGUCAACAUCCGAAUAUUCCUUUUUCAUGGCUGUCCCCUCAUUACAGAUAAAUCCAGGGAGGCACUUCAUAACCUUAUCGGGCCUAAAAAGAUUCAACAGGUCUCCUGGAGUGUGUACUGAGUCUACUCUAAUGUAGGCUUUGAGCUGAUGCAGUAUGUCUACACACCUCUUAACGCAUAUAAAAAUCUACCGUGCACAAACACGUAGUAAACACUUGUCUUUAACAAGACACAGGUGUCACUGCUAAACUCACACAUAUUAAACAAGAUUACAGUUUGUGUUCUGAGCUGUUGAAACUGUCCAUAGCACAAGUGAAACAGGUGAAUGAGUAUAUAGCUUAUGGAAUAUCAGUGAUGUGACUGUGCUAAAUAUUAGUAAUGCACUAUGGGUUUUUUUGGUAUAAUUUAUUUUACAAUAACUUUAUACAGCACUUUUUGGAUGUAAGAACCUUAAUUCUUCUUAAUGUCUAUUUCUUAAUAAAAUUAUUGAUGAAGA